AUGGGAAAUGUCAUUCAAACUACAGGUACAAUCAUCAUAUGUGUGGAAUUCAUGAUUGGAAAAGUUGGGAAUGGAUUCAUCGUACUGGUGAACUUCAUUGACUGGGUAAAGAGAAGAAAGAUAUCCUUAGCUGAUCAAAUCCUCACUGCUUUGGCGAUCUCUAGAAUUGCAGUGCUCUGGUUAGUGUUCACAAAUUGGUGGAUUUCUACAUUUUAUCCAACUUUAUAUAUGGUUGAAAAAACAUUAAGAAUAUUUAAUGUUGUCUGGGUAGUGACCAAUCACUUUAGCAUCUGGCUUGCCACCUGUCUCAGCAUCUUCUACUUUCUCAAGAUUGCCAACUUUUCAAACUCUGUUUUUCUUUACCUGAAGUGGAGAGUGAAAAAAGUGGUCUCAGUGAUACUACUGGUGAGCUUGGUCUUCUUCUUUUUUAAUAUUAUACUGAUAAACAUACAUAUUAAUGCCUGGUUUGAUGUAUACAAAGGAAACAUGACUUGUACUGCUAGCUUGAUCAACUAUGUACAGUUUUCUCAUUUUCUUUUACUCACCAAUGCUUCGUUCACUUUCAUACCCUUUGUUGUAACACUGAUAACCUUUCUCCUGCUGAUGUCCUCACUGUGGAAACAUCUUAGGACGAUGCAGCGUGAUGCCCAAGGACCCAGAGAUGCCAGCACCAAGGCCCACAUCACAACCAUGAAGUCCAUUAUUGCCUUCCUCCUGCUCUAUGCCAUUUUCUUUCUGUCUUAUAUUAUACCAGCUUGGAACUUUGACUUCUGGGAAAAACGGUUGACUAUUAUGUUUUGCCAGCUUGCUGCACUUGCUUUCCCUUCAGGCCACUCAUGUGUCCUGAUUCUGGUAAACCAUAAGCUGAGACAGACCUCUCUCUUGGUGUUGUGGUGGCUGAGGUGCAGGCUCAAAGGUGGAGACUCCUCAGGUCCAUAG